CAUAGCCUCUCUCUCUUUCUCUCUCUAAAAAUCCACCGAUUUCUACGGUCGACGCUUGAUUCCGCUUUACGAGAGAUAAUGGCAAAGAUCUCACAGAGAGAGAAAGGUUUUCUCUCCUCUCUGUUCAUCCUCCUUCCCCUCUCUGCAAUUUUCGCCAGAUUUAUCCAACGUGAGAAGACCGAUCAAAGGAUUCAAGAUGACCGUGAUCGACAUUCGUUUCCGCAUCGAUUCAAUCUGCAAGAAAUACGAAAAGUACGAUGUCGAUAAGCAACGAGAACUCAAUGCCUCCUCCGACGAUCCCUUCACUCGACUUUUCACCUUCGUCGAAUCCGAAAGUGAAACCACUCUUAAUAAAUCGAAAUCCGCUUCCGUAGAGACAAACAGAGCUGUUUCCGCUGCUUUGAAUGCUGAGAUACGAAGAUCAAAAGCUCGAUUACUAGAUGAAAUUCCAAAGUUACAGAAACUCGCAAUCAAGAAGGUGAAAGGACUUUCUCAAGAAGAAUUAAGCACUCGUCAAGAUAUGGUUAUAACUCUACGUGAUAUGAUUGACUUAAUACCAGAUGGUACUUCUAAUCCAAAACCAGCAGGAGAUUGGGGAGCUUCAACAUCUAAGAAGAACAUUAAGUUUGAUUCUGGAGGGAGGCUUGAUGAUGAGUAUUUUCAGCAAUCAGAGGAAUCAACACAGUUGAGGGAAGAAUACGAAAUGCGAAGAAUGAAACAGGAUGAAGGUUUGCAAUUCAUAUCUGAAGGGCUUGGUACAUUGAAGAAUUUGGCACAAGAUAUGGGUGAAGAACUGGAUAGACAAGUCCCAUUAGUCGAUGAAAUUGAAACCAAGGUUGACAGGGCGAGGGCCGACCUUAAGAACACUAAUGUUAGGCUUAAAGACACCCUUAAUGAGAUGAGGUCAAGCCGGAAUUUCCUAAUCGAUAUCAUUCUUGUGUGUAUUAUCUUGGGGAUCGCUUCCUAUUUAUACAAUAUAAUUCAGUGAAAUUGUUGAAAAAAGCUUCGAUUGUGAAACUGGGGCUGGCUAAUGAGUUAAUACUCGUCGGUAAAAGUUGAUCGAUUGCUUCUGAUCUUGUAAAAUCACUAUUAGUGAUUUAGGGUUUAAUUGGUUGAUGAAAUCUUUGCAGAUUCAAAGGAAUGAUGGAUUCUGAAGUAAAGCCCAGAACUUGGUCUGUAUGAGGGAAACAUUACUUGUUUUAUGUUUAAAUAAAAGCAAUUUUAUAUUGUUUCCACAUAAGAAACUUUAUGUUGAAUCCAUUUUCAAAUAAGCUAUUAACUUUCUCAAGCAAUUUUUUCCAAUAUUAGUUUUU